AUGCGGGUCCCGCUGCGCUCCGUGCCCGCGCUGGCGCUCUGCGCCUUCGCCCUGCUCCGCCUGGGCUGCGCUCCGGCCCGGGCACUCACCUGGGCACCGACCGGAGCGUCCCCCCGGGCAUCGCUCACCUGGGCACCGACCGGAGCGUCCCCCCGGGCACUCACCUGGGCACCGACCCCCGCCCCAGCCCGUGCCCCGCCGCGCUGUCCCCCGCUGAUGCUGCAGCUGCUGCGCGCCCCUCCCGCCCCGCUCCGCGCCGCCGCCGCCGCCGCUCUCAGCCUCUCCCCGCACGGUUCCUUACAGAACGGCUCUCGCUGGGCGCUCUCCUUCGACAUGUCCUCCCUGUCCAGCAGCCAGGAGGUGAGUCUGGCUCAGCUCCGUGUCCGCCUGCCCGGCCUCUCCCGCGCCCACAACGCCUCCCUGGACAUCUACCACAGCCAGCGCCGCAGGUGCCGCCCGGACGGCUCCUGUACCCACCAGCUCUUCCUGGGCACCGUGGCUGGCACCCCCUCUGCCACCCAGGCCUCCUGGAAAGUCUUUGAGGUCACCAACCUGCUGCGGGGCUGGCUGCACCAAGCCGUGCCCGCCGGGCAGCAGAGCCGGUGGGAGAUGAACGGCUCGGCCGCUCCCGCCGCACCGGGAGGCAGCGGGGACGUGGCAGACAGCGUCCUGCUGCUCGUCUUCUCCAAGGACAAGUCUCCAGGCGAGCACAGCCUCAUCAGGACGGCCGAGACCUCCAAGUACAUCAUGCGGGAGAGCGGCUGGCGGGGCGCGGGGCCGCGGCGGCAGCGCAGGACCAGGAUGGAGAGGCAGCGCAUCAAAGCCAGCGCCCCGCGGGAGCAGGGCCGGCAGCAGGGCCGGCCGCUGUGCCGCAGGGUGGACAUGCUGGUGGAUUUCGAGCAGACGGGCUGGGGCAGCUGGAUCGUGUACCCCAAGAAGUACAAUGCUUAUCGCUGUGAGGGGCUGUGCCCCUCGCCCGUGGAUGAGACCUUCAAGCCCACCAACCACGCCUACAUCCAGAGCCUGCUGCAGCUCUACAAGCCCAACCAGGUGCCGUGUCCUGCCUGCUCCCCGGUGAAGAUGAGCCCCCUCUCCAUGCUCUACUACGAGAGGGGCGAGGUCGUCGUCCGCCACCACGAGGACAUGAUCGUCGAGGAGUGCGGCUGCAACUGA